AAAUCCAAAAUGCCAAUCAUCUUAUCUCCAUAUCUCUGCACAAGAAAAUAGAAUACCAAUUGCAUUUGAUAUCCCUCCACGGAUCUCCAAAUUCCCUCCCAUCGAAUCCCAAAAGUUGCAGUGAUUUCUUUCUUUCAUUGUUUAAAGAAUUGAUCUUGUUUGUUUCUUGGGCUCACAGCCUUCUGCGAAAAUAUGUCACAUAUCCUCGAGUCACCCUCGAUAACGAUUCUAGAAGAUUUGUGAAUCUUCUACCGCCAUAUCACCAAGGCCUCGCCCUCUUCAUGGACCUUCAACCUUACGAUGCCUGAGCUGCGUAGCCGAGCACGCAGGAACCGUCCAUCCAACAACCCUGACCCGAGCCCGAUUACCCAUCAACGAGGACUCCACAACCAUAAGAAGCUUCCUCUAGCUCUACGUACUCGCCAGAGAAGGGAAACGGGACGGAACCGGAGGAAUAAUAAGAACGCGAUCGGCGUUGGUGAGACAAAUAUUGUGAAGAGCAAGGACGAACAAAGAGGAGGAGAGGAAGAGAUUAGGGUUUCCAGAGAGGGAGCCGGGGAAAGAGCCAUGGAUGAGUACGAUAGCGGCGGCGAUAAGGGGCCCGUAGCCGAGGAUGAGGGCAGCGCUGCGCCUCUUCCUGAAAAGGUCCAAGUUGGUGGUUCCCCGAUGUACAGAAUAGACAGAAAACUGGGGAAAGGGGGCUUUGGACAAGUUUACGUCGGUCGACGCAUUGGUCCUGCUAGUACAAACGAGAGAACUGGCCCUAGAGCUGUAGAGGUAGCUUUAAAAUUUGAGCAUAGGAGUAGUAAAGGAUGCAAUUAUGGACCGCCAUAUGAGUGGCAAGUUUACAAUGCACUUGGUGGCAGUCACGGCGUUCCACAAGUUCAUUAUAAGGGCCGGCAUGGUGACUACUAUAUCAUGGUCAUGGAUAUGCUUGGGCCAAGUUUGUGGGAUGUUUGGAAUAAUAAGUCACACACGAUGUCUAUUGACAUGGUUGCAUGUAUUGCCAUUGAGGCUAUAUCCAUAUUAGAGAAGAUGCACUCUAGGGGCUAUGUCCACGGGGAUGUGAAACCUGAGAAUUUCUUGCUUGGGACUCCUGGGACUCCUGAAGAAAAAAAGUUAUAUCUUGUGGACCUUGGAUUAGCCACCAAGUGGCGAGACAGUACAACUGGCUUGCAUGUUGAGUAUGAUCAACGUCCAGAUGUAUUCAGGGGAACUGUCCGGUAUGCUAGUGUGCAUGCUCAUCUUGGUAGAACUGGUAGCAGGAGAGAUGACUUGGAAUCUCUUGCCUACACUCUUGUUUUUCUUCUCCGUGGUCGCUUACCAUGGCAAGGAUAUCAGGGAGAUAAUAAGGGAUUCCUUGUAUGCAAGAAGAAAAUGGCCACUUCCCCAGAAGCUCUUUGUUGCUUUUGUCCUCAUCCUUUUCGACAGUUUGUUGAGCAUGUAGUAAAUCUGAAGUUUGAUGAAGAACCUAACUAUGCAAAGUAUAUCUCCCUCUUUGAUGGGAUUGUUGGUCCAAAUCCAGAUAUCCGGCCAAUAAACACUGAUGGUGCUCAGAAGCUUAUAUGUCAGGUUGGACAUAAGAGAGGACGAUUGACCAUGGAGGAGGAGGAUGAUGAACAACCUAAAAAGAAGAUUCGAAUGGGGAUGCCUGCAACCCAAUGGAUUAGUGUUUACAAUGCUCGUCGGCCUAUGAAGCAAAGAUAUCACUAUAACGUGGCAGAUGUAAGGCUCUCCCAGCACAUUGAGAAAGGAAAUGAAGAUGGAUUAUUUAUUAGUGGCGUGGCUUCAUGUACAAACCUCUGGGCCCUUAUCAUGGAUGCUGGCACUGGCUUUACAGCACAAGUUCAUGAACUCUCACCCUACUUUCUUCACAAGGAAUGGAUUAUGGAACACUGGGAGAAGAAUUACUACAUCAGUGCAAUAGCAGGGGCAAACAAUGGGAGUUCAUUAGUUGUAAUGUCUAAGGGGACACAGUACUUGCAGCAGUCUUAUAAAGUCAGUGAAUCAUUUCCAUUCAAGUGGAUCAACAAAAAAUGGAGGGAGGGGUUUUAUGUUACUGCCAUGGCCACUGCUGGGAGUAGAUGGGCAAUUGUUAUGUCUCGUGGGGCAGAAUUUUCUGACCAGGUUGUGGAACUAGAUUUUCUCUAUCCUAGUGAAGGUGUCCAUCGAAGGUGGGACAGUGGUUACCGCAUUACAUCAACUGCAGCGACUUGGGACCAGGCUGCUUUAGUUCUAAGUGUUCCUAGAAGAAAACCGGCCGAUGAAACUCAAGAGACUCUCCGAACUUCUGCUUUUCCUAGUACACACGUCAAGGAGAAAUGGGCAAAGAAUCUUUAUAUUGCAUCUAUUUGCUAUGGUCGAACUGUUUCAUGAACUCCCAAAGAUCUGUUGGGGUGCCGCUUAUGUUACUUUGACCUCUCACUUCUAUGAUCAAUGAACCGGCUCAUAAUAUCUACUUCUCUCUCCUGGGAACCAAAGAUCCUGUCAAGGCAAAUUUACUGAUCAUGGCAUUUUGGAGAUGAUGUAUGCUAAACUCUUCUUUAUUGCCGCCAUCACAUAGCAUCUGUUACAAACACCUGUGCACUGUCUUUAAAUUGAAUCAAAAUGCUUAUGAGGCUGAUUUUAAAUCAUUUAUCCAACUGCAAUGGGAGUUACUCUUACCUAUGAUUUCAAAGUUGGUAUAGUUUUGAACAAUAGUGUCUCAGUUGAAGGCAUGUGCUCAGGGCAUUCUAAUUGUUGAUGGUAUUUUGGGAUGUACAACUAUGAUUUUGCUGUGGGCUCUGGACAUUCUCAGUUGUUCAUCCUGUACUUAAUCCUUCCUCUUUUCUUUUUUUUGUUUUUUUUUUUUGGUUCUCCUUUUUGGACCUGUAGAUACUUUCUGGGAUGCCAGAAUUUGACCUGAAAGAAAGUGGUUGUAUACUUGGGACAUCAGUUUGUAAUGAUCUCUUUAUCGUUA